AUGAAACGCCAAUUGGUCAACGAGCGGCCGCGGAAGGCGGCAAGCCGAGCAGACACAGUCCCGGACGAGGCGGCGUACACGCGCAUUCCCCUCCCCCACCGCUCUCCCCUCCUCCCCCCCGCUCUCUGUCGCACACAUGCAGGCCGCAUCGCAUCGUUCUGGCCGCAUCGCAUAAUUCUGGUGCGGCACGGGCAGAGCGAGGGCAACGUGGACGAGGCGGCGUACACUCGCAUUCCCGACUCCAAGAUCGCGCUCACCAAAAAGGGGUGGGAGCAGGCAGUGGAGAGGGGGAGGAAGCUGCGGGAGCUGAUAGAGGCAGACGGGGAGGACGACUUCAAGGUCUACUUCUACGUCUCGCCCUACACACGCACACUACAGACCCUCAGGGGCGUGGGCUUGGCUUUUGAGAGGGAGAGGAUAGCAGGCGUGAGGGAGGAGCCCCGCAUCCGCGAGCAAGACUUUGGCAACUUCCAGGACCGGGAGAAGAUGAGGAGGGAGAAGAAGGUGCGGCUGAGCUACGGGCGCUUCUUCUACCGCUUCCCUGGCGGCGAGUCCGCUGCUGACGUCUACGACCGCGUCACAGGCUUUCGUGAAACACUAAGAGCGGACAUAGACGUGGGGCGGUUUCAGAGGGAGGAGGCGGCGGCGCGCAACAUGAACCUGGUGCUGGUGUCUCACGGGCUCACCCUGCGAGUCUUCCUCAUGCGGUGGUACAAGUGGACGGUGGAGCAGUUUGAAGGGCUCUACAACUUCCCCAACGCCGGCUGCAUGAUCAUGCAGCUUGGGCCUGGCGGCAGGUACAGCUUGCGCGUGCACCAUAGCCGGGAGGAGCUGAGAGCCUUUGGGAUGACAGAGAGCAUGAUCGAGGACCAGGAGUGGCAAAUCACGGCCAAGCCGGGGGAUUUGAACCCGGGCUGGCUGACAUCGGGGGCGAGAUUCUUUGACCACUUUGAUGAGAGCGAGGCGUGCGGCAUUCAAUGUGACUACAUGUGCAAAGGAAUUUCAGAAUUGUGCGACGAGGAAUUCGGUGAUGGAGUAUAUCGCAACCAUUGA